AUGGACGGCGAAAAGGUAUUCCAGCCUCGAGACGAGGGAAAGACGAGUCAAGACAUUGAACAAGAGGCAUGGGAUACAGAUAAUAAGGUGCCUUUCGAACAAGACUCCAAUAUCGUGGACUGGGAUGGGCCAACCGACCCGUUGAACCCGAUGGAGUGGGCGAUGUCCAAGAAGGUGACGAUGAUAGGGAUUGUGUCAUUCCUGACUUUCUUAACUCCUCUCGCGUCAUCUAUCUUUGCCCCCGCCGCCGAAGAAGUUCUGGCAGACUUUGGCUCGAACAGCAUCUACAUGGAGAGCUUCAUCGUCUCCGCGUACCUGCUGGGCAACUGCUUUGGACCGCUGGUGAUAGCCCCAUGGUCCGAACUGUACGGCCGUUCGCCGGUCUACCAUUGCUGCAACGUCCUGUUCGUGCUGUUCAACGUGGCGUGCGCCAGGGCGCCGAACCUGGGCGCCCUGCUGGUCUUUCGCAUCUUGUCCGGUCUGGCGGGGGGCUGUCCGCUCACGCUCGGGGCCGGGACGAUUGCAGACCUCGUCCGCGCGGAGAAACGGGGAGGCGCAAUGGUGUCGUGGGUGAUGGGACCGUUGUUAGGGCCUGUCGUGGGACCGAUAGGUUCAGUCGGCGGGUAUCUGUCUCAGGCAAAGGGGUGGAGGUGGUGUGCCUGGUUCCUGGUAAUCAUGUCAGGCUUCGCAACCGUUCUCACCUUCCUCUUCCUGAAAGAGACGUACGCCCCGAUCAUCCUGGAACAAAAGACACAACGUCUGCGUAAACAGAUGGACAACCCCCAUCUCCGCUCGAAGCUGCAGAAGGACCAGAUGGCAAAAGACCUGUUCAAACGCUCGAUCGUCCGCCCAAUCCGCAUGCUCGCUCUGUCUCCGAUCGUCUUCCUGCUCUCGCUGCACAUCUCCAUCAUCUUCGGAUACAUUUACCUUGUCUUGACUACGCUCUCGGAAGUGUUCGAAGACACGUACGGCUGGUCGCAGGGCAACGUGGGACUGUCAUACAUCGGCAUCGGGGUCGGGUUUCUCCUCGGCCUCUUCUUCACGGGGGUCAUCUCCGACAGACUCGUGGACCAUCUCACGGCUAAGGCUUCUCAAGGAGAGAGGAAACCAGAGUACCGCCUGCCCCCGAUGGUGAUCGGGAGUAUCUGCGUACCCAUCGGCUUGUUCCUGUACGGCUGGACGGCAGACACGAAGCAGCAGUGGAUCUUGCCUAUCAUCGGAACGGCCUUUCUUGCGAUAGGGAUGGUGAUUUCAUUGAUGACAUGCACCACCUACCUCGUAGAUGCGUAUCCUGUAUACGCCGCCUCCGCGACAGCAGCCAGCACUGUUUUCCGCUCACUGGUCGGCGCUCUGCUCCCCCUGGCAGGGAACCCAAUGUACGCUGCCCUGGGACUAGGGUGGGGGACAUCCCUGCUGGCGUUUAUUGCGUUGGUGAUGGUGCCAGUGCCGCUCUUCUUUUACCGGUAUGGCGAGAAGAUUCGGAAGGCGACUAAAGCUGAAUUCUAG